AAAGGAGGAGAGAGAAGAGGGAGAGAGAAAGAGUUUAGAGAGAGAGAGAGAGAGAGAGAGGGAGCAAUUAUUCGCUUUUUUAAGUAUCCUCUCUUUUGCCAGCUCUGCAUCGCUUCCCAUUUCGCAUCCCUUCCUCCCACGUUCUGCUCUCUGCAAAGUGAAAGAUAGAGGGAAAAGGAAGGAGUGAUAGAGAUCUAAGACAUCAGAAUCUCGGAAUUUGAAGGACUUCUUCUGCAAUUUGCAUAGGAGGAAUAGAUAAAGUUGUUACACAAUGGCAAACUCUACAAAAGUUGUGGAUCCCGCAUUCCAGGGAGUGGGCCAGAGAGUUGGGACUGAAAUUUGGCGGAUUGAGAACUUUCAGCCAGUUCCCUUGCCAAAAUCUGAACAUGGUAAAUUCUAUAUGGGGGAUUCAUACAUUGUUUUGCAGACCACUUCUGGAAAGGGGGGAUCUUAUCUAUAUGACAUACAUUUUUGGAUUGGAAAAGACACUAGUCAGGAUGAAGCUGGAACUGCAGCAAUCAAGGCAGUUGAGCUUGAUGCAGUCCUUGGAGGACGUGCAGUUCAGCAUAGGGAAUUGCAAGGGCAUGAGUCAGACAAGUUUUUAUCAUACUUUAAACCAUGCAUUAUUCCAUUGGAGGGAGGUAUUGCUUCUGGGUUCAAGAAACCCGAAGAAGAAAAAUUUGAAACACGACUCUAUGUUUGCAGAGGAAAACGAGUUGUCAAAUUGAAGCAGGUUCCCUUUGCUCGCUCAUCACUAAAUCAUGACGAUGUUUUUAUCCUGGAUACUGAGAAUAAGAUUUAUCAGUUUAAUGGUGCAAACUCUAAUAUUCAAGAAAGAGCCAAGGCUUUGGAAGUAAUUCAGUAUUUCAAGGAAAAGUACCAUGAAGGGAAGUGUGAAGUCUCAAUUGUUGAUGAUGGAAAACUUGUAGCUGAGUCAGAUUCAGGUGAAUUCUGGGUCCUCUUUGGUGGUUUUGCUCCAAUUGGGAGAAAAGCUGCAACAGAAGAGGAUGUUAUUCUGGAGACUACUCCUGGAAAAUUAUAUAGCAUUACUGAUGGUCAGGUGAAGCCGGUGGAUGGUGCACUAUCUAAAGCCAUGUUGGAGAACAACCAAUGCUAUUUACUGGAUUGUGGUGCUGAAGUAUUUGUUUGGGUUGGCCGUGUAACACAAGUGGAGGAGAGAAAAGCUGCCAGCCAAGCCGCUGAGGAAUUUAUCAAUAGCCAAAAUAGACCAAAGUCAACACGCAUAACCCGGAUUAUUCAAGGGUAUGAGACACAUUCUUUUAAGUCCAAUUUUGAGUCUUGGCCAGUUGGAGCAAGCACUUCUGGUGCUGAUGAUGGAAGAGGAAAAGUAGCAGCUUUGCUGAAGCAACAAGGUGUUGACGUCAAGGGAAUGGCAAAAGGUGCUACUGUCAAUGAAGAUAUCCCACCUUUGCUUGAAAGUGGUGGAAAAAUUGAGGUAUGGCGCAUAAAUGGCAGUGCCAAGACGCCAAUUCCCAAGGAGGAGAUUGGUAAAUUUUAUAGUGGAGAUUGCUACAUUGUUCUUUAUACUUAUCACUCAGGUGAUAAGAGGGAAGACUACUACUUGACCUGCUGGUUGGGGAAGGAUAGUAUCCAGGACGACCAAAUGAUGGCUACACGAUUGGCAAGUACAAUGUGCAACUCAUUGAAAGGACGGCCUGUCCAGGGCCGCAUAUUUCAAGGGAAAGAGCCUCCACAAUUCAUUGCAAUUUUUGAGUCUAUGGUUGUCCUCAAGGGUGGAGUAAGUUCUGGUUACAAGAAAUUUAUAGCAGACAAAAAUCUAACGGAUGAGACUUAUACUGCCGAUGGUAUUGCACUCAUCCGUAUUUGUGGAACAUCUGUGCAUAAUGAUAAAGCAGUGCAAGUUGAUGCGGUGGCAACAUCCUUGAGCUCUAAUGAUUGUUUCCUUUUGCAAUCUGGCUCUUCAAUUUUCACUUGGCAUGGAAACCAAAGUACCUUUGAGCAACAACAAUUGGCUGCAAAAAUUGCAGAAUUUUUGAAGCCAGGAGUUGUUUUGAAACAUGCAAAGGAAGGAACCGAGAGUUCAGCCUUCUGGUUUGCAUUAGGAGGGAAACAAAGUUACAUUAGCAAAAAAGUAACACAAGAAACUGUUAGGGAUCCUCAUUUGUACAUGUUCUCAUUCAACAAAGGAAAGUUUGAGGUAUCAGAAGUUUACAACUUCUCUCAAGAUGAUCUGUUGACUGAGGACAUUUUAAUACUUGAUACACAUGCUGAGGUAUUUGUUUGGGUUGGCCAGUGUGUGGAUAGCAAAGAAAAGCAGAAGGCUUUUGAAAUUGGUCAGAAAUACAUAGAACUGGCAGCAAAUCUUGAAGGUUUGCCUCCUGAUGUACCACUUUACAAGGUCACAGAAGGAAAUGAACCAUGCUUCUUCACAACAUAUUUUUCAUGGGAUUCCUCAAAAGCCCUGGCUCAGGGGAAUUCAUUUGAAAAGAAGGUCCUGUUGCUCUUUGGCUCAACACAUGCUUCAGAGAGUCAGGAGAAGUCCAACAGUUCAAGUCAAGGAGGGCCAACUCAAAGAGCUUCAGCUUUAGCUGCUUUAAACUCUGCAUUUAAUCCAUCUGGUGGAACCAAAACAGCAGCUCCUAGGCCAGCUACCAAGAGCCAAGGAUCACAAAGAGCUGCUGCUGUAGCAGCUCUUUCAAAUGUACUUACCGCUGAAAAGAAGAAGCGAUCACCCGAUGCAUCUCCUGCCCGAGCCAGUAGAAGUCCUACACCCACCAGGAGUCCUCCUGUUGGCACAAAGAGUGAAAAUACUAGUCCUGAGGUGGAGGAUGCCCAAGAAACUCAAGAAGUCAAGGAAACAGAGGGAGUAGUAUCUGUAUCACAAAGCAAUGGUGAGGACUUGGUUAAAGAAGUGAUACAGCCGAACGAGAAUGGAGGUGACGGUACAUUUACAUAUGAUCAACUGAAGACCAAGUCAGCAAACCCAGUUAGUGGAAUUGAUUUCAAGAAAAGAGAGGCCUAUCUAUCUGAUGAGGAGUUCCAGACUGUAUUGGGGAUGACAAAAGCAGCAUUCUACCGGCAACCAAAGUGGAAGCAGGACAUGCAGAAGAGGAAGGUGGAUUUGUUUUAAAUCAGUCCAAGUAGUGAUUGCUUACAUUUUUUUUGCCGGCUUUUAUCCAUUAUGCCUUGUUAUACUGUUGUCUGUUGAGAAAUGUGGUUAUAUGUUUAGUCUUGGGUGGCUCUAUCUAGGAUUUGAUGUUUGCUCCAUAAUGAAGAUAGUUGCAGUCAGCUUCAUAUAUUCUCAUAUCAUGCCUGCCUGGGAAAGUGUUUUUUAGUCAACUGCUGCUAUUGACCCUGUGAUAAUCAGGGUUUGUAGUUUUAGGAGAGCAGCAGGCAGGCCAUAUUCUUUUAUUUUUAUACCUGAGUUUUACUGUUUGAUGUCCUUGGAUUGAUGUCUAGCGUGUCUAGGGGGGAAGUUGGUCACUGGUCCUUGUGUAUUAUUUUAGUUUGGGUUUUGAAAUGGACUCUUUACUCAUUCGUCAAGAAAAAGGGUGUAUAUGCAUUGUAAUCAUCCAAUAGAAGAACAGACUUCUCGUUGUUUGUCUUAAUGUUAUAAACGAGUCCAUGUUGGUUUAUCA